CAUCUUAAGAUGAUGAUAAAAAAAAGUUAUCUUUCAUCUCUUAUCAUCUUCUCACUCACUGACUUUUAAUCGUAGAAAACAAAACAACAAGAUUUCACUCCCUUAGUUUUAUCAACAAGUUCAUAACUUAAAAGUUACCACAAUAAGUAACAACAAUCAACAAUAAUUACAAUUGAAAAUCAUCACAAUUUAAGUAACAUCACAAUCAUCAUCAUCUUAAUUGUUUCAUUACAAACUAACUCAUAGUGUUUGUGCCCAUGCUGACAACUUGAAAACUGAAUUAACUGUAAUUUAAUGUCACCCAUUUGUUUAUAUUGACAAAAAAACAAACUUUUCUUGCUACUAUUAAUAAUUACAAUUUAAUCCAGUUAUUAAUUAUCGAUAAAAACAUUAAACCAUGGAGAAUCUUAAUUCAACCUCUAAUUGUCAAUCAUCAUCAUCAUCAUUAAAGACAAUCAAUGAUAUUGAUUAUUCAGGUGAAAAUGAUGUCCCAUUGAAUUUGUGUAAACCUAAAGAUGAAUCAAGAAAAAGACCUUUGGAAGAGGAUUUUCAUCCAUCAUCGAUAUUCAGUCGUCCCAAGAUCCUUGCCAAUCGAUCAUCUAAUCCAGUGACACCUUUGUUUUCACUUCGAGCAAAUUUGGUUAAUCCAAUUGGUUCUGUUCAUGUCAAUCAUCAUCCUUAUUUGUUAUCAUCCUCACAACAAUCUCCAUGUCCAACUGAUAAAACGGGAAUAAGUCCAAUUUCAAUCAAGUCCUUUAAGAAAAGACGAAUAGAGGAAAAUGUUAACCAUGGAAAAUCCUGUUUGGAAAGAAAAGAAAUGACACCGGAUGUAGAGGAAGAAGAAAAUGAAAAUGAAAAUGAAAACGAAUUAGUUGAAGAAGAUGAAGAAGAAUAUGAAGAAAAUGAUGAAGAAGAGGAAGUUUAUGAUGAAGAUGAAACCCUAGCCGAAUAUAAUCGUCUUCAUUAUCAUCGAAUGUCCAACAACAGUUCACCAGAGUAUCAGAAUUUCCCCUAUGGUGUUAAUGGUCUUCAUCGACUACACGAAUACAAUUCUGGUUCAACGACAACAUCCUCAUCUUCUCAUGGAAAUCCAAGUUAUUCUGUUUCUUAUUCUCAUCAUUCACCUUCUUCAUCUGGUCCACCCUUUAAUGGUUACGGUUCAUCUUCACCUUCUCCCGUUGUAACCGGUGUAACCGAUUUAAGGUCUUCUCAACCUUCACCUUCAUCAUCUCCUCUUUGUUCAUCCUCAUCUUCAUCUUUCUCAUCUGCAUCAUCUUCAUCUCUUUCACCUUCACCCUCUCACCACAUGAUUACUGAUAAUUUACACAAUUUAAAACCUCAUCAGACCAACUUCCUAAUCCAAAGUAUAAUCCAGCAAAAUGGUGACACUUCCGUUGCCUUUCCCCUUUAUCUUCCAAAUCAUCAUCAUCACUCUCAUCAUCUUCUUCAUCACCAAUCUCAAUCGAUAUCAUCUUCAUGUGAUCAAACAACGAGAAAACUAAAUAACAAGGAUGGUUUACAUGUAAUUAAAAAUUCUCAAGAUGAAUUACCUCGGGCUCACAUUAAAAGACCAAUGAACGCGUUCAUGGUUUGGGCUAAAGAAGAACGGAAAAAGAUCUCGAAAUUAUUUCCAAAUAUGCAUAAUUCAGCCAUUUCAAAGCUUUUAGGUGUCCGUUGGAAAUCAAUGCCAUCUACUGAAAAGCAGCGUUAUUUUGAUGAACAAUCUCGACUUAAUAAACUUCACAUGGAAAAGUAUCCCGAUUAUCGUUACCGUCCAAGGCCUAAACGAACCUGCGUUUUUGAAGGUCGUAAAAUGAAGAUAUCAGCACUUAAACAGUUGAUCAAACAAAACAAUGGAACCGUAGGUUAUGUCUAAAUCCAAUCGAUCGGGCCAAUUGUCGAAAUCGUUACGUCCAAAGGAUUAUCUCUCUUGCCAAAGCCUUAAAAGUCAAAAAUCAGAUAAAUUAAAUUCAUAAUCAAUAGUCAAAUCCCUUUUGAAUGUGUUUUUUUUUCAUCUUAACCACAAAACAAUCACCAAAACAUCAAUUUAAUUUCAAUGUUAUAUUCAAUCAUGUAUAGUUAAAUCAACGAUACAUGUUUAUGUAAUACAAUUCAUGUUAAUUUAACAAAUGUCUUCUUUAUCACAAUAUUGUAUCAUCAUGUUUUUGAAACAUUUUAAGAUCAAAUUACCAAAUACAAAAUGGUUACUUUAAAUUAUGGCAAA